AUGACUGAACAGGAAGAUAAAAUGGAUGCGUCUACGGUUAAAAAACUCGUAAAUCGUAUCAAGGCUUGUACAUUUCUCCCGUACCUAAACAAAUGUGAUUGGUCCUCUGACGUAAUAUCUAAUAUAGAGGAGUUCAUCAUCAGCACGGAUCGGCAAAUGAUUUGUUUGUUUUAUGAAAACAAUAUACUUAAAGCCACAUUUUGUAUACCCGAUGCUCGUACGGAUUCUAUUAUGUGGUUUCUAAAGACGCCCGACAGCGAACACACACAUCUGAAUAACUCCAAUUUCUUAAAAUUGAUUUCAUUCGGAAAAAUGGACACACAAGUGGAGAAAACAAUGUUCUUAUUAUUGGACUCUUUGUAUUCUCCAUUUAUAUUUUCUUGGUCAGCUAGCGAAAAAGAUCAAUUUUUCGAACAAUACAGAGCUGUUAUCCAAGAAUUAUGUUCAUUAAGAUACAAGUUUUUAGGAAUGCCUAGUAUUUACAUUCCAACAAUCGUUGGAAAAUUUGAUGAAACUUCAAAAAGUAUUAGCGAAGAAACUCUCAAAGUACUAGAAAAUAUUUUAAACGUAUAUACUUUAGAAAUUCAAAAAUGCUUAAUGGACACUGAAAGAGUACCAACUAGAUGUGAAUAUAUGAUGGAACAUAUUAUUGAUGAGAUAGGUUAUUGGAAAACUAGACUUAAAAAUUUACGAUUCAUAACCACUUUAUUAAGUUAUAAGAGUGUUGAAGAAAUUCUUACAAUAUUGAAGCAGCAUCAAUCAAUUCUUGUUCAUUCUUUCAACAAUGCUAUGGAUGAAAUUAAGGCAGCCAAAGUAGAAGCCAAAUCCAAUUUGAAUUACUUACAAAUAUUAUUGGAUCCAGUUAUGAGCUUAUACGAUGUACAAUCACCGAAUGACGUAUUAACAAGAUUGCCAGACAUAUUUGUUAAGUUUAUUUUUAUUUUUGAAGAAUCGGAGUACUACAAUAAAUGGUCCGACAUAAGUCGUUUGUACGAAUAUCUCGGAAAUCAAAUUGUGUUCAUUUGCCGAAAAACAAUAAAAAUGUCGGAACUAUUCUCUGGCAAUACGGAAAGUGUUUUGAAUAAAUUACAAGUUUCGAUAAAUUGUUGUGAAAAUUAUAUUUCAAUAUAUACUAAAGUAAUUGAAAUUUAUAAUUCUAAAAAUGACGGACACUGUUCGGUGGAAACUAAAGACGUGCAUAUGUUUUUGGAUCGCUGCAGAGAUGUUAAUUAUAUAUGCAAAUCAAUUGUCUUAUUUAAAAGGAUAAACAGAAAUCAUCCAAUACCAAAACCGAAAUUUUCAUUUACCAAAGGAUUAGAGUUCGAAAAUGUCAUGGAGUCCAUAGAGUUAAAAUUCAACAAAUUGAUAAACAAUCUGGAGAAUGUUCAAAACUUAAUAUUCAACGUAAAUACCACUGAUUGGUAUCAACACGAACUCGAGUAA